AUAGGUCCUAGAAAACUUUGUUUACAUUAUUUACACCGUUAUUCAGUUGCUGUCACUUCAAAAUACUAGUAGAUUUUGAAAGUAUCCGACAAUGUCAUCAAAAUUCAGUUGUUUAUCACUGGAGCAAUUGAGGAAAGAGCUUCGCCGCCGCAAUGCUAAACUAUCUGGUCGAAAGAAAGAGCUAAUUGAAAGACUUGAAGCUUAUGAGAGAAAUCACAAUUUCGUUGAAGACUAUGAUACAGUGCCAGAAUAUUUUAUGGAUCUUCCACCUUCUGGAAAAUACAAGGAUCUGAACUCGGAUAUGAAAAUACCUCCUGUCACAAACCAGUGCGCAAGUGACUAUAUGUCACAGUUCGGUGUGGACUUUGACCGUGUCGUGUGUGAUUUAUAUGAAGAAACUUUCAUUCGUUAUGUGAGGUACUGUUCUACUGAAGACCUGGAUUAUAUAAAAGGUGCCUGCUAUGCAGAAAUGAAAAAGAAAGUGUCAUACACAAUAGACAUAAGUGUGAAGAAGAAUGGCCAAUUUCAUGAAGCCCAGUGUGAAUGUGGGGCUGGUCAAGGUCCAACAGCACACUGUAAACAUGUACGGACAAUCCUGUUUGCUUGCUGUAAGUUUACUUCAUCUGGGAAAUUAAAAGUAGAGAUGACUUGUACUGAGAAACUUCAGUCUUUUCAUAAAGUAAAAAAACAUACGGGGUCACCUUUGAAGUCAAGAGAUAUGAACAUUGCAGGUGCUGAUGAAAUCUGUGACAUUAAAAUGUUUGACCCCAGGCCACAAGAGUUUCAGAAUAGGGAAAAUUAUAAAGAUUAUUUUUAUAAUACUUGUAUGAAUUUUAAAGGAAUUUCAAAGACACCAAUCUUUCAAGCAUUUCAGCCAGCAAACAUGCGUGCAUAUGCAUUAGAUCAUGAUUAUCAGUCAGACACAUUAGAGGACAUUUUUUUAAAUGCCAUUCAGGUGACGAAAAUAUCGAAAUCUCAAAGGGAAACUCUAGAGGUGUAUACUCGUGGUCAGGAAAAAAAUGAAAGAUGGUUUGAAGAGAGAGAAAAACGGAUUCAGUCUUCAAACUACCACAGAAUAUGUCAUGCGACCGAACGGACUAAUCAUGAUCAACUUGCUGCUUCUUUGGUGCAUCCAAAUAAACUUAAACAAAAUGAGGCAAUGAAACACGCACACAAAUAUGAGAAAGAAGCUAUUCAUAGGCAUGAAAAAGACAACAAAGUCAAAGUUAAUUCGUGCGGAAUAUUUGUGUCAUCCACCCACCCAUAUCUCGGUGCUUCCCCAGAUGGAGUAGUUAACCAAACUCUAAUAGUUGAAGUUAAAUGUCCACUUACUGCAAAAAACAAAGACAUUAACACAAAAUCUGUUCCAUACCUAACUCUGACUGAUGGAAAAAAUUGACAUUGAAAACAACACAUCCAUAUUAUUACCAGAUUCAGGGACAGUUGUUCUGUAGUGACAGACAGUGCUGUGACUUUAUUGUUUACACUAUUACUGACAUUAAGUAUAUGAGAAUUCAAAGAGACAAUUCUUUCAUAUCGCAAAUGGUUGAGAGGCUAACAUCGUUUUAU